AUGGAGCUCAACAAGGCUUCAGCAAACUCGACCCUGAGCGACACACCCGGGCAGGUCCCAAACGAUGGAACUGGCAUCAUCCAGAUGGAUGGCUACCUUGAGCCUUUCAAGGACGCGCUGAAGAGCCGCUUCUCCAAAGCACAGAAGUGGAUCCAGACCAUUGAAGAGACUGAGGGCGCUAACACCGCGCAGGGUUACGAGAAGUUCGGCUUCAACGUCCAGUCCAAUGGCGACGUCGUCUACCGUGAAUGGGCCCCGAAUGCCCUGCGCGCCUACCUCAUUGGUGACUUCAAUGACUGGAACCGCGAUGCGACUCCCAUGACCAAGAACGACUUCGGUGUCUUCGAGGUUACCGUGCCUGGCCAGAAUGGUCAGCCCACCAUCCCCCACGACUCCAAGAUCAAGGUAUCCUUCGUCGUCCCCAACGACCAUGCGCGCCAGGAGCGCCUGCCAGCCUGGAUCACCCGAGUGACCCAAGACCUCAAUGUCUCCCCCGUAUACGACGCCCGCUUCUGGAACCCUCCCCAGAAGUACGUCUGGAAGAACCAGCGACCGCCCAAGCCCCAGAGCGCGCGUAUCUACGAAGCCCACGUUGGCAUUUCCUCCCCCGAGCCCAAGGUAGCGACUUACAAGGAGUUCACACGUGAUAUCCUCCCGCGCAUCAAGCAUCUAGGAUACAACACUAUACAGCUCAUGGCCGUCAUGGAGCAUGCAUACUACGCGAGUUUUGGUUACCAGAUCAACAGCUUCUUUGCUGCAAGCAGCCGCUAUGGCUUCCCAGACGAUCUGAAGGAGCUCAUUGAUACCGCGCAUGGAAUGGGCAUCACAGUCUUGCUGGACAUGGUACACAGUCACGCAUCUAAGAACGUGCUUGACGGUCUCAACAUGUUUGACGGCAGCGACCAUCUCUACUUCCACGAGGGUGCCAAGGGACGACACGAGCUGUGGGACAGCAGGCUGUUCAACUACGGUCAUCACGAAGUCCUGCGCUUCUUGCUCAGCAACUUGCGCUUCUGGAUGGAGGAGUACCACUUCGACGGUUUCCGAUUCGACGGAGUCACCAGCAUGUUGUACACUCACCACGGCAUCGGAACGGGUUUCUCAGGCGGCUAUCACGAAUACUUCGGUCCUUCAGUUGACGAAGAGGCAGUUGUGUACCUUAUGAUCGCCAAUGAGCUUCUGCACACGCUCUACCCUGACUCCAUCACAAUCGCCGAAGACGUGUCCGGUAUGCCUGGUCUCUGCGUGGCACUCUCAUUGGGCGGAAUAGGAUUUGAUUACAGACUAGCUAUGGCUGUACCCGAUCUUUACAUCAAGUGGUUGAAGGAGAAGCAGGACAUUGACUGGGACAUGGGCGCGCUUGUCUUCACCUUGACAAACCGAAGGCACGGCGAAAAGACCAUUGCGUACGCAGAGAGUCACGACCAAGCGUUGGUCGGAGAUAAGACUCUGCUCUUCUGGCUUUGCGACGCGCAAAUGUACACCAACAUGUCGAUUCUUUCAGAGCUCACCCCCGUCAUCAACCGAGGUUUGUCCCUACAUAAGCUGAUCCGUCUGAUCACGCACGGCCUGGGAGGUGAGGGCUACCUGAACUUCGAAGGCAACGAGUUUGGCCACCCCGAGUGGCUCGAUUUCCCGCGCGAAGGCAACAACAAUAGCUUCCACUACGCUCGCCGCCAGUUCAACCUUCCAGACGACGAGCUUCUCCGCUACAGAUUCCUCAACGAAUUUGACAGCAAGAUGCAGUGGACAGAGGAGAAGUACGGAUGGCUCCACUCGCCUCAGGCCUACGUCAGCCUUAAACACGAGGGCGACAAGGUCAUUGUGUUUGAGCGUGCUGGACUGCUGUGGAUCUUCAACUUCCAUCCUCAGGAGAGCUUCACUGACUACCGUGUUGGUAUUGAGCAGGAAGGUACCUAUCGCAUCGUUUUGAGCACUGACAGCAAAGCCUUUGGUGGGCACGGCAACGUUGACGAGACUACGAGGUUCUUCACCACGCCAUUUGCGUGGAACGAGAGGAAGAACUUCUUGCAGGUGUACAUUCCUAGCAGGACUGCGAUCCCUCGUACGCGUAGCUCGCUUCUCCGAGCCCCGAACUCCGUUAUGUCCGACCUUUUGUACUCGCGUCAUCAUCCCGGAACACUUUCCGAAGCUUCUAUACAAUUUCCCUGUCGCCCCGUCUGGCGUUGUAACAUAGCAACCAUGUCUUUCACUCGAAUUCCUCGGGCUGCUAUACCGCACGCCUUCCGCUCCUUCUCUACAACCCGUGCGCGAUUCCAAUCUACAAUACCCUAUAUCCCAUCAUGCCCGUCACCAACCUGUGAAUGCGCAGCAGCGCCUCCUGAUCUAGACAUUGAUCGCAAAACGCCAUUGCUGAAUACCAUGGCGGCGUACUCUGAACAGGUCAUCUUCUGUACAGGAAAAGAAGACUGGGUUAGCAACAUCGAACAGGAAGAGGGUGAAACUGGGGAGUUUGUGAGAGGGCUCAAAGGUGUGAUUGGAAAGGGCGGUCCUGGGUUUGAUCCUUUUACCAAUGUCCUCAUCACUGCUUCUUCGCUACCGAAGAGUGAAAAGAUCGGCGCAACAACGGCUUUACUGUUUCCGAGUUUCAAACGUAUACCGAAUAUUCCUCACACGCCCGAAGCCUUCUCGAAUUUUGCGACUGCGUAUCUGAAAGCUCGAAAACUGCAUUCUAUGCACGAUGGUCUCUCUGCUGAGCAAAAGGCCAACCUCCUCCGCGACGAGUCGAAAGCAAUCGAACUACCAGAGGCGGAAAACAUUACGAAACCCACAGUAUUGAUCUGCGGACACGGCGGCCGCGAUCAGCGAUGCGGCAUUCUUGGGCCUUUGUUGCAAUCCUCGUUUCGGUCCGAGUUCAAGCGUAGGCGCAUAGAUGCGGAUGUAGGCCUGAUAAGUCACAUUGGAGGGCACAAAUACGCGGGAAACGUCAUCAUUUAUCUGCCUCCCAGUAUUGAAGAUAACGCGCUGAAGGGAUCGGGCAUCUGGUAUGGUAGAAUUGGACCUGAGAAUGUUGAGGGUGUGGUUGAAGAGACGGUGGUCAAAGGACGUGUCAUCACUGAGUUGUUGAGAGGGGGUGCCAUUCAAGACGGAGGCAAUAUUGGGAGGAUGAUCGAGACACAACUGAAAAAAGAUAGCGGAGAAGAGGACAAUGGGACCCUGAGACUAAAGGCUAGGGCGAGAGGCUAA